AUGCUCAGAAGAGCGGUACCCCGUUUUUUCAGCAGGACGCGUCCGGCCCUUGUGAAUUUACAUGCAAGCGAGUUGUCGACACCGGAUAGGUCAACCGUUAAUUCAACCAACAGGAAAGAGCUCAAAACGCCCCUUUGCGUCGAGUUGAUAAGCAAGAUGUCAUCACAAGGGUAUUUUCCGAUGUCACAAUUUGUUAAGGAAUGUCUAACGCACCCUCAACAUGGAUAUUACUCGACGAAGAAAAAUGUAAUAGGUAGCGAAAAGGCUGAUUUUAUCACAGCUGCUGAGAUACCGUUCUUUGCGGACAUUGUUUCGGCCUGGAUAAUGGACGUAUGGCAGAAGAUGGGUACUCCACGGGUUCUUCAUCUGGUUGAGCUGGGUCCUGGAAGAGGAACGCUGAUGAAGAACAUUCUGAAACAAAUAAAAUACUCCAACCCCCACUUGCUCCAUUUUUUGCAGAUUCACCUUGUCGAAGUAGGUGCCGCUCGAACGGACGAGCAAAGGAGUGCGCUAAGUGAGUUUCAAACUGCCCAAAAGAAGAUAAAGUGGUGGAUGGGAUUAGAGUCCAUUCCCUUGACGUUAGAACCCACCGUAUAUAUUGCAAACGAGUACUUUGACGCACUGCCGGUAGCACAGUUUCGUUACACAGAGCGUGGAUGGGUGGAAACGUGUUUAGAGGUUGACGAAGAUCCAGCUCACGAAGCUCAUUUUCGGAUGGUACAUGCGCCUUCUGGGUCUUUUUCGGCAUACCUCAUUCCCAACGAUGUCCGUGCGAAUGGAAAAAUUGGUGAUUGUAUCGAAAUAAAUGCUGUUGGAAUGCAAACAAUGGAGCUCAUUAUGAAAAAGAUGGUGGAGUGCCAAAAAUCAGCAUGCCUCAUCGUGGACUACGGGAAGGAUGAGCACAUGCACAGCACACUGAGGGGAAUUCGAGGUCACAGAUUCGUCGAUCCACUUCUUUCUCCUGGAGAAGUCGACCUGUCUUCAUGGGUCAGCUUCAAACAGCUACGAUGGUCGAUGGAGCGACUGGAGACUGCCAGGCGCCAUCUUAAAUGGUUUCCCGUUAUAUCCCAAAGCGAAUUUCUCCAGUGGGGUGGGAUUGAUGUAAGGCUUGCGCAUGUCAUAAAGGAUGAGGAAACCAAAAGCGCGAUGAAAAUAUUGCAGAACUACCGCAGACUUAUGGACAAGAACGAAAUGGGGGAAAGCUAUAAGGUGUUUGCUCUACAAACACGAAAUUUCCCCAACGUAUCGCCCUUUUUUCAAGAAGCCGAGCUUCCCUCUUCGUUGUGA